GGACCGGGGGAGGGAGAGGGAGAAGCAGAUGGAGGCAGGCCUCGAAGGGAGGAUUAUUGGGAGGGGGCCGGGGAGACAAUGAACUUUUUCCUCUUUCGCUCAUAAAUCAGAGAAAAGUAAGGGGACGGGGAGCAGGAGCCCCAGGCCCAUCUGAAGGGGCACAAGCCCCUGCUUAGAAGGCCUCUGCUUUCCAGGUCCUGCCCACUCAAAGGGUGGGUCCUCGAUCCAGGUUUAAGGGGAAGGGAUGGAGCCCCCACCUGGCUGCCAGCUCCAUGGAGGUGUUCCCAGAGACUGGGGAAGACCAAACAUAGCCUGCUGUCUCUAAGCCCAGCGGCCUGAUAGCUGUCCUCCCUCACCUCCCUGUGUGUGGCCAGGAGGGUCCAGCCUUGGGGGACCCUUUUCUCCUGGAAAUUGAAGUUAUGACCCUUCAGAGGUGACCCAGGAAAGAAGAGAUGCAGACAUUUGCUCCUUCAGAUAAGGGUCCCCUUCAAGGACUUGUGGCGUCUCGCAUUGAGACUUACGGGGGCAGGCAUCAGGCCUCCAACCAGGGUUCUGCGGGCAAUCUCCAUUCCCGAAGAGGCCCUGAGCUGGAUCCUGGUCGCCGACGCCUCCAAGGCCACAUCCCCUUUGUCAAGGGUUCUGGCCAGGUCCAAGGCGUGUCUCCCCUGAAGUUUCGAGAACUAGAGCCCGAGAAGAGACAUGGAGGCCAUUUUGGGCCUGGCCCACCACACUCCCCCAAACUCAAGGAAGUCACCAAGGCCCGUGAGCUGGAGGUGAGGCUGCAUACAUUCAGCAUGUUUGGGAUGCCCCGCCUGCCCCCUGAGGACCGGCGGCACUGGGAGAUAGGAGAGGACAGCGACAGUGGCCUGGUCAUUGAGAAGUCCUGGAAGGAGCUGGUGCCUGUACACAAGGAGAUGAGCCGAGAGCUUUGCCACCAACAGGAAGCGCUUUGGGAGCUGCUGACCACCGAGCUGGUCUACGUGCGCAAGCUCAAGAUCAUGACCAACCUCCUGGCCGCCGGCCUGCUGAACUUGCAGCGAGUGGGACUGCUGACCGAGGUAUCAGCUGAGACCCUGUUUGGAAAUGUCCCCAACCUGAUUCGAGCCCACAACAGCUUUUGGGAGGAGGUGCUGGGGCCCACUCUGGAGGAGACUCGAGCCUCAGGCCAGCCUCUGGACCCUGUCAGCCUGCAAAAUGGCUUCUUGACGGUGAGCCAUGGCAAAGGGCCACAUCUGGCUGGGGUGGGCCUGGGAGGGCCCAGAGAGGUCCUGUCUGCAGGGUAUGCCUCUGGCAUUUGNGUGAAGCGGAUCAUGGCUUACGCCCGGGAGCAGCAGGACAAUAAUCCUCUCUUCCACGCUUUUGUGCAGUGGUGUGAGAAGCACAAGCUCGCGGGGAGACAGACGCUGGGUGACCUCCUCAUCAAGCCCCACCAGCGCAUCACCAAGUACCCACUGCUGCUCCAGGCUGUGCUCAAGAGGAGUCCUGAGGCGCACGCCCGAGACGCCCUGAAAGCCAUGAUUGCCGCUGUGGAGUCAUUCCUGCGACACAUCAAUCAACAGGUCCGCCAGGGCGAAGAGCGGGAGAGCCUGGUGGCUGCCGCCCAACGCAUCGGGCCCUACGAAGUGCUGGAAACGUCCAGUGAGGAGGUGGAGAAGAACCUGCGUCCGUUCUGCACCCUGGACCUGACAUCCCCCAUGCUGGGGGUUGCUUCUGAGCACACCAGGCAGCUGCUGUUGGAGGGACCCGUGCGAGUGAAGGAGGGGCGAGAAGGGAAGCUGGACGUGUACCUCUUCCUCUUCUCUGACGUGCUCCUGGUGACCAAGCCCCCACGCAAGGCAGACAAAGCCAAGGUCAUCCGCCCCCCACUCAUGCUGGAGAAGCUUGUGUGCCGACCACUACGAGACCCUAAUAGCUUCCUGGUGAUCCAUCUCACUGAAUUCCAGUGUGUCUCCAGUGCCCUCAUCGUGCACUGUCCCACUGCUACAGACCGUGCCCAGUGGCUAGAGAAGACCCAGCAGGCCCAGGUCACCCUGCAAAAGCUGAAGGCAGAGGAAUACGUCCAACAGAAGAGGGAGCUCCUGGCUCUCUAUCGGGACCAGGACCAGGAGUCCCCAGGCACCCGGCCCUCCACGCCUUCCCCAGAGGGCUCUCAGAACAGUGCAGAAGGGAGGACUCCUGAGUUCUCAACCAUCAUCCCCCACCUGGUGGUGACAGAAGACACAGAUGAAGACUCUCCCUUGGUACCAGAUGAUGCCUCAGACUCGGGCUACGGCACCCUGAUCCCAGGCUCCCCCAAGGGGCCCCACUGUGUGAGCCGUCUACGCCCACAGGCCCUUCGGCGUGACCCUCGCCUCACCUUCUCCACCCUGGACCUCCGAGAUGUUCCACUGCGCCCUCAACCUCCUAACCCCCAAGCUCCCCAACGCCGAAGCGCCCCUGAACUGCCAAGGGAAGUUAUCCAAAGAGGAAGCAGCCUUCCCAGGGGAUAUCCACCAACCUGGUCUGAGGAAGAAGAUGGGACCUCAGUGGGAGGGAAUGUGGUAGCAGAAACCUUGCAUCGGGCCCGACUUUGGGGACAGCUCCCCGCAUCCCCGACCCACACAGACUCUGCUGGAGAAAGCCCCUGGGAGUCCUCAGGGGAUGAGGAAGAGGGAGAACCUGGCUGCACCCCCUCCUCCCGCCCCCUCCGGGCUGAGGAUAUGCUCAGAGAGAUCCGGGAAGAACUGGCCAGCCAAAGGAUCGAGGGCAUCCCCGAGCCUGGGAACAGCAGGCCUCGGAAGCUGACCCGGGGCCAACUGCAGAGGAUGCGAGGGCCCUACAUCAUCCAGCUGGACACCCCCCUGUCCACAUCGUAA